AUGCAUUGCUCAAAACCAUCCAGUGGACUCUGGGCGGCCGUUGCGGCGUGGUCCAUGUGUGUGGCCAGCGCGAAGCCUCUCGGGGGCAAACCACUUGGCUCGUCCUUUGGAAUCCCUGGCGACGAUGCAACAUUUGAUUAUGUUGUGGUUGGCGGCGGAAAUUCAGGCUUGACCCUUGCAACAAGGCUGGCACAGCAACAGAGCGGGCGAGUCGCUGUUGUGGAAGCCGGUGGGUUCUACGAGAUAUCCAACGGCAAUCUCAGUCAGGUUCCAGCGACCGAUGGAGCUUUUGCGGGCACUGGAGAAAAAGACUGGCAGCCUUUGAUAGACUGGGGGUUUAUGACAACACCUCAAACUGGUGCCUACAACCUCUCAAUCCACUACACACGUGGCAAGACUCUUGGCGGCUCAUCUGCUCGGAAUUACAUGGUCUACCAGCGCGGAACGGCGGCGUCAUACAAGAUGUGGGCCGAUGCCGUCGGGGACCAAAGUUACGCUUUUGAGAACUUUCUGCCGUGGUUCGAGAAGAGUGUGAAGUUCACGCCGCCAAAUCAGGAACUUCGCUUUGCCAACGGCACUCCUGAAUAUGAUCCUACCGUGAUGGGUGGCAAGGACAACCAAGGCAUGCUUUCAGUCACUUUUUCCCACUACGUCCAGGCUUUUGGUACUUGGGCCACCAGGGGCUUGCAGGAACUGGGCUUCCCUAUCAUUCCAAAUUUCCAGAGCGGCGACCUCCUUGGCCAGUCAUAUGGCAUGUUUACUAUCAAUGCCGAGACCAUGGAAAGGGACUCGGCCGAGACAGCAUUCCUCCGCCCGGCUCUUGCUUACCCAAACUACAUGGUGUACACCCAGGCCUUGGUCAAGAAGAUCCUCUUCGACGGAAACAGGGCCACCGGCGUAUUGGUAGACACCGAGGGGUUUGAAUACGUACUGUCUGCCACCAAGGAGGUUAUUGUAGCAGCCGGUGCCUUCCAGUCACCUCAAUUGCUCAUGGUCUCAGGCAUCGGCCCGGCUGAUACCCUUGAGGCUCACGGCAUCCCUGUCAUCGCAAACCUGUCGGGCGUGGGACAAGGCAUGCAAGACCACAUCUACUAUGGCCCGUCCUACCGUGUCAAUGCACCAACAAUGUCUGCCCUUCAGGAUCCGGCCUUCGCCGCACAAGCAGCCGAGGAGUACUGGAACCAUGCGGCUGGAAUGUACACGAAUCCGACCACCGACGCCAUCGGCUGGGAGAAGGUUCCUGACAGUCUCCGGAACACCUUCUCGAACUCGACAUUGGCCAAACUGGCCAAGUACCCCGACGACUGGCCCGAACUUGAGUACAUCGGGCUGUCGGGAUACCUGGGGUGGCAGACAGACAGCCGCCGUGGUGAUCCCAGGGACGGCUACAACUACGCAAGCCUGGCACCCGCACUGGUCAUGCCUUUCAGCCGCGGCACCGUCAGCAUCGCGUCCGCAGACAUGGCUGACGCACCGCUCAUUGACCCCGGCUUCUUGACGGAUGAGGCCGACGUUGAGGUUGCCAUCGCUGGGUACAAGCGGGCCCGCGAGUUCUGGAACACCGACGCCAUGCGACCCUUCCUUGUCAGCGACAACCCAGAGGCCUUCCCAGGGACUAACAUCACAACCGACGCCCAGAUCCUCGACAUCAUCAAGCGUAGCUACAAUACCGUCUACCACGCUUCGUGCACCUGCGCCAUGGGCAAGCCAGACGACGAGAUGGCUGUCGUCGACACUCAAGCCCGUGUGUACGGCGUCGAGGGCCUCCGCGUCGUGGACGCCAGCACUUUCCCACUGCUGCCGCCUGGUCACCCCAUGUCCACAGUUUAUGCCCUCGCCGAGAAAAUUGCGUGUGACAUUACCGGGGCCUGCUAA